CUAUCCGUAAUUUGUUCUAUCUGAAUAACCUUAAUUUCUAUUCCAAAAUUUCCAACGUUGCAUUUCAAACAUAGCAAACUGAAUAUUCACAAAGGCGUCAAAAGAAUUUCUUCCAAUCUCCAUGAAAAACCACAAACCCUUGAUGUCCAGAGGCAUAAAGAUAGAUCAAUAAGGGCGUUGGCUGCUGGAUCCUCGAUCAAUAGUAAUAGAGAGAAAGAUCAACUUCUCUACGGAGUCCACUGAAUCCUUGAUGAUUAGACGGAAGGCAGUGGCCGAGCGAAGAAGCUUGAACAAUGGCGGCAAUGGUGGGCCGUCUCUGAAGAAAAGGGCGGGAAACAGAGCGCAAAAAUGAAAGGAGAAAAACUGGCUCAGAAGUUGUAUGCAAGUGAAAAGGGAAAGUGGGGAAAGGAUUGAAACUCCUUCCAACAAGUUGGUUUUAACAAAUUUGUGUUUUUGAUGUCAAUCCCUGUAAGCCCAAUCGUCAACAAUGUAUGCUUCUAGCACUCUCCCCACCAUUCCCCAAAUGUCCAAUACAUUACAACAGCAAUCCACAACCACUCUUCUCCUCCAACUCUCUACACACGAAAAAGAGCUCAAUCAAAUCCAUGCCCACAUGGCCAAAACAGACCUCCUCCACAACCCAAUUAUAGCGAGCAAAAUCAUAUCAUCCUAUGCCCUAACAAAUCCAGAGAACCCUUCCCUUCUUUUCCAUGCCCAAUCCCUCUUCUCCCUAAUUGAAAACCCUAAUUCCUUCAUGUGGAACACCAUGAUCAGAGGUUAUUCAAAGAGCCCGACUCCUGAGAAAGCAAUUCUUUUCUACUACCAAAUGCUGUUUUCUGAUAGCCCAUGUGAUAAAUUCACAUACCCCUUUGUGUUGAAAGCUUGUUCUCAACUCUCAGCCCUUGAAGAAGGCCAGCAAGUACACAGUCAUAUCAUAAAGAGUGGUUUUGGGACUGAUAUUUACUCACUGAACACUCUCAUCCAUGUGUAUUCAAGGUGCAAUCAUCUUGGAGAUGCAAUCAAAGUGUUUGAUAGAAUUCCUCGAUUCGAUGUGGUUUCUUGGAAUUCUAUGAUUGUUGGGUUUAUAGAGGCUGGGCUUAUUGAACACGCUCGAAGUCUAUUCAAUGAGAUGCCUGAAAGAAGCACCGUAUCAUGGAAUUCCAUGCUCAGUGGUUACACCAAAUCAGGCUCAAUGAAUGCUGCCUACUCUCUUUUCAUUGAAAUGCCUCAUAAAGAUGCUAAUUCUUGGAAUUCAAUGAUCAGUGGCUAUUUAGAAUUUGGCUCUAUCAAGAUGGCUCGUUCUUUCUUUGAUAAGAUGCCAUGUCGAGAUGCCAUCUCAUGGAAUCUCAUGAUUGAUGCCUAUGUGAACCAUGGAGAGGUGGACAUGGCGAGGUUGUUCUUCAAUGAGAUGCCGAAGAAAGAAUUAAUUACAUGGAAUUUCUUGUUGGGUGGAUAUGUAAAAGGGGGUCAGAUAAAUAUUGCUCGGGAGUUAUUCAACCAAAUGGAGGAAAAAAAUGUGAUUACUUGGAACACAAUGAUAUCAGGUUAUUCCCAAAGUGGGCAUUACCAAGAGGCCUUUGACCUAUUUCGAGAUAUGCUCAAUGCCAAAGUGGAACCAGAUAGUGUCACAUUUGGGAUUGUGCUUUCAGUUUGUGCUCGUUUGGGGUCAGUGAACCAAGGGUUAUGGCUUCAUGCGUAUUUGGAUAGAGAGAAAAUGGAAAUCGAUGCCAUCAAGGGCACUGCUCUCAUAAACAUGUAUUCAAAGUGUGGGCAUGUAGAAAAGGCCAUUCGAGUAUUCAAAGAAGUGAGAGAAAGAGAUAUAGGGACUUGGAAUGCCAUGAUUGUGGGCCUAGCCAUCCAUGGAUUCACAGAUGGGGCCCUUCGAGUUUUCGAGGACAUGUUGAAGGAGAACAUCACUCCAAAUGCAAUCACUUUUAUUGGGGUUCUUAGUGCGUGUAGCCAUGGAGGCUUGGUCAGCGAGGGACGAAGAUAUUUUGCUCUGAUGAGUGAUGAUUAUCAGAUAGAGCCCAAUCUCAAGCAUUAUGGUUGCAUGGUUGACGUUCUUGGUCGAGCUGGGUACUUAGAAGAGGCUCAAGAAGUCAUAAGACAAAUGCCCAUAAAACCAGACCAAGUUGUUUGGGCAACUUUACUAGCAGCUUGUAGGCUCCACAACAACCUAGAGAUAGGUGAAUACAUGGCAAAGGGGCUCAUGGAGCUCUCCCCUAGUGAACCUUCUGGUUAUGUGCUUCUCUCUAACAUAUAUGCGGCAGCAAAACGAUGGGAGGAUGUGAUCAAGGUGAGAAAGAUGAUGAGAGAAAGGGGGGUAAAGAAAGUGCCUGGAUGUACCUCCAUUGAACUGAAUGGUGAGGUUUAUGAAUUUGUAGCAGGUGAUUACUCUCACCCACUGAGCAAUGAGAUUUACAUAAAAUUGGAUGAGAUGACUGAAAAAUUGAGAAUGGCUGGUUAUGUGCCGCGCACUGGGCAAUUGUUGUUUGAUAUUGAUGAGGAUGAAAAAGAAACUGCGGUAUAUAGGCAUAGCGAGAAGCUGGCCAUUGCUUUUGGUUUGAUUGGCACUGAACAAGGGGCUCCAAUCCGACUUUCUAAAAAUCUUCGAAUUUGCCCCGAUUGUCACUCUGCCUCCAAAUUCCUUUCAAAAGUUUAUAGUCGAGAUAUAAUUGUGAGGGACCGGAUCCGGUUCCAUCACUUCAGAAAUGGGUCAUGUUCUUGCAAUGACUACUGGUAAGGGACAGAGUUCCACUUGAAAAUUAGGUCAUGUUGGGAUGCCUUUCAUGCAUCUGAACUGUAAAUACUGUAUAAUUUUGCUAUGUGUAGGCCAGAAACAGAGAUAGUGAGCUGCAAAUUUUUUUUUUUUUUUCCCAAAUAAAGAGCUCGGUUGCCUGAGCUCAGCCAUUCUAGUGGGAGUGGGACAACUCAAACCAGCAGUUUUGAAAAGGUGAACAUAAAUGUAAACUUGCAAUUUGCUGUAGUGUUCAAUCACAGUUGCAAUCAA